AUGGCUUCGGCGAACAACUGGCUAGGCUUCUCGCUCUCCGGCCAAGGGAGCCACCCACAGCCCCACCAGAACGGCUCACCCGCCGCCGCCGCCGCCAUCGACGUCUCCGGUGGAGGCGACUUCUAUGGCCUGCAAGGUCAGACGGCGCCGGAUGCGCACCUCGGCAUGUCUGGCCUACGGGCCGACGCCAACUACGGCGUCAUGGAUGCCUUCAACGGAGGCACCCAGGAAACCCAAGAUUGGGCAAUGAGGGGUUUGAACUACCACGGCGGCUCCUCCGAGCUGUCGAUGCUAGUCGGCUCGAGCGGCGGGAGGAUGACGGUGGACGACGGUGAGGCGCCGAAGCUCGAGGACUUCCUAGGCGGCAACUCCUUCUCCGACGUGCAGGACCACGCCGGCGGCUACCUGUUCUCGUCCGGAAGCGCGAUGGGCAGCAGCGCGGCGGCUGGUUCACACGGCGUAGACGGCCGUGGCGGCAGCACCAUAGAGCUGUCCAUGAUCAAGACAUGGCUCCGGAACGACAAUAACCAGGCGCAGCAUGACCAGGAGAUGAGCGCCGACGCGAGCGCGACCAGCUAUGCGUGCUCCGGCGCGCCAGGGAGCACCGGCAACGGCGUGGGCGUCGCGAGCUCGCGUGGGCAGGGCCUGGCGCUCUCGAUGAGCAUGGGGUCGAACUCGCACCCGCAGAUGCCGGUGGUCCCGGCGGCGGUGGGGACAGAGAGCACGUCGUCGGAGAACAAGCGGGUGGAUUCGCCGAGCGCCGGCACGGCAGACGCCGUCCAGAGGAAAUCCAUCGACACCUUCGGGCAAAGGACCUCGAUCUACCGAGGUGUAACAAGGCAUAGAUGGACAGGGCGGUAUGAGGCGCAUCUAUGGGACAAUAGUUGCAGGAGAGAGGGGCAGACUCGCAAGGGGAAACAAGUUUAUCUGGGCGGUUAUGACAAAGAAGACAAGGCAGCUAGGGCUUAUGAUUUGGCAGCUCUAAAAUAUUGGGGCACAACCACAACAACAAAUAUCCCAAUAAGUACUUAUGAGAAGGAGAUAGAGGAAAUGAAACAUAUGACCAGGCAGGAGUACAUUGCAUAUCUUAGGAGGAAUAGUAGUGGUUUUUCUCGUGGCGCGUCAAAAUAUCGCGGUGUAACCAGGCAUCAUCAGCAAGGAAGAUGGCAAGCAAGGAUAGGGAGAGUCGCGGGCAACAAGGAUCUCUACCUCGGCACCUUCACGACCGAGGAGGAGGCCGCGGAGGCGUACGACAUCGCCGCCAUCAAGUUCCGGGGGCUCAACGCCGUCACCAACUUCGAGAUGAGCCGCUACGACGUCAAGAGCAUCCUGGAGGGCAGCACGCUGCCGGUGGGCGGCGCGGCCAGGCGCCUCAAGGAGGCGGCUGAGCUCGCCGAGGCCGGCGUGUGGCGGGCGGAGGACGGCAGCAUCGUCUCGCACCUGCAGGCCGACGCCAUGGCCGGGUACCACCACGGCUGGCCCACGUCCAUCGCGUUCGGCAGCCACCAGCAGCAGCAGUCCGCGGCGCAGCUCGCCCUGCACUACCCGUACGGCGUUGGCGGGCACGCCCGCGGGUGGUGUAAGCCGGAGCAGGACGCGGUGAUCGCGGCCGCGCACGGCGGGCAGGACAUCCAGGAGCUCCACCUGGGAAGCGGCGGCAGCACCCACAACUUCUUCCAGCCGGCAUCGAGGGCCGCAGUUUACGGCAACGGCGGUGGCGGCGCCUGGUACCAAGGCCUCGGAGGCAACGCGUACAUGAUGCCGGUGGGCACGGUGGUGGACGCCGACCAGGGGCACAGCGGCAGCACGGCGACUACGGAGGAGGGGAGGCUCGUGGGGUACGGCGCCGAGGCUGGCGUCGACCCGUACGCGGCCAUGAGGCGCGCCUACGAGCUCUCCCAGGGCUCCUCGUCCGUGAGCGUCGCCAAGGUGGCGGACGGCUACUCCAACAAUUGGAGCUCGCCGUUCAAUGGCAUGGGGUGA